AUGUCGGCUUUUCCAGCUGGCGUCUGGUCACAAGCCUCUAAGUCGAUAUUUCUUGGGAACAAGCCAGCAUUUGCUAUCGGCUUCUUCUUCUUCUUUAUUAUCGAUCUUCCUGUCUCUUCAUAUCUAUCUAUCUAUCUAUCUAUCUAUCUAUCUAUCUAUCUAUCUAUCUAUCUCAGUCUCUGCAUAUCUAUCUCAGUCUCUGCAUAUCUAUCUAUCUAUCUAUCUAUCUAUCUAUCUAUCUAUCUCAGUCUCUUCAUAUCUAUCUAUCUAUCUAUCUAUCUAUCUAUCUAUCUAUCUAUCUCAGUCUCUUCAUAUCUAUCUAUCUAUCUAUCUAUCUAUCUAUCUAUCUAUCAUAUCUAUCUAUCUCAGUCUCUUCAUUGUCUAUCUAUCAUUAUUAGCUUUAUUAGUUUUUAUAUUAUUUUCCUUAUCUUUCUUUCUUUCUUUCUUUCUUUCUUUCUUUCUUUCUUUCUUUCUUUCUCUUUGAUGUCGUCAGCUUAUUAUUUUUUCAUCUAUCUAUCUAUCUAUCUAUCUAUCUAUCUAUCUAUCUAUCUAUCUAUCUAUCUAUCUAUCUAUUAUGUGAUUCACGUGAGGGAAUACUAA